UCGAUUCUACCUACAAAUCUGGCAACAAAUAAUCGUCGAUUUCGAAAACCCUCUCGAAUCUCUUCUCUUCUCUAACAGUAUCAGUAACUAGAUUUAGAUGUCGUGAACUGAAUCACGUUCUUUUUUUUUUUUUUUUGGGGGGGAAAACAAAGGAAGACGACAAUCACAACACAUUUUACAUGGCGACGACAAGGUCACCGAACCGUUCCUACGAGGACGCCGCCGAUCCGACUCCGUUCAUCGGCAAUUCAUCUGACGAAUCGAACUCCGGCCGUCGUUUGGUUCGCCGGCAGAGCCUGCGGCAGGCUGCGCGGUUCCUGAGGCAGGCGAGUGGGCGGAGGAUGUUGCGGGAGCCGUCGAUGGUGGUGAGGGAGACGGCGGCGGAGCAAAUUGAAGAGAGGCAGAGCGAUUGGGCCUAUUCGAAGCCCGUGGUGGUCCUUGAUAUUCUCUGGAACUUGGCGUUCAUCGUUGCGGGGGCUACGGUGUUGGUUCUGAGUCGGAAUGAGUCUCCGAGCGUUCCUCUCAGGUUGUGGAUUGUAGGGUACGCUCUGCAGUGCAUCCUUCACGUUGUGUGCGUCUGCGUCGAGUAUCGGAGGCGGAGGCGGGAACGGUUGAACUCCAAUAACGCCGUGCUAGACGGCGUCGUUGGAGUUGGGGGCAGUGGGGAUUUGAGCUCGGGUUCUAUGGAUGGUUCUGGGCAGUACAUGUCAUUGUCGCAAUUCGAAGAGGAUGGUGUAAGCAGUAUGGCGAAGCAUUUGGAAUCAGCCAACACAAUGUUUUCUUUUAUUUGGUGGGUCGUUGGAUUCUAUUGGGUAUCAGCUGAUGGUCAAGCUUUGGUCCAAGAUUCUCCUCAGCUUUACUGGUUAUGUAUAGUCUUCCUGGGUUUUGAUGUUUUCUUUGUCGUUUUCUGUAUUGCACUGGCAUGCAUCAUUGGUAUCGCUGUUUGCUGUUGUCUUCCAUGUAUCAUUGCACUUCUGUACGCAGUUGCAGACCAGGAAGGAGCAUCAAAAGAAGACAUUGAGCAGUUGUCAAAAUUCAAAUUCCGAAGAACUGAAAGUAAUGAGAAACUUGCUGGUAGUACACAAGGACCAGUUGGAGGAAUAAUGACUGAAUGUCAUGCUGAUUCUCCUAUUGAACAUGUUCUUUCAGAUGAGGAUGCGGAAUGUUGCAUCUGCCUUUCUGCUUAUGAUGACGGGGUUGAACUGAGACAACUUCCUUGUGGUCACCAUUUUCACUGUGCCUGUGUGGACAAAUGGCUGUAUAUUAAUGCUACUUGCCCCCUCUGCAAGUAUAACAUCUUGAAAACUAGCAGCCCUGGUCAAGAAGUGUAGAAAAUAUCAGACGAGUUCCUAGCAGCCAAGUUGGGGAAUUUGCAUACUCUCUUGGUUCGCAAUAUAAUAGGCACAGCGUGUUAAUAUACUUCAGUACACCUUUAUAGUUGCUGCUGCUGCUGCUGUGUGCUUGUUUAUCUUGUAGUGAUAGUUGUUUACAUUAUUCAUCAUUAUAGUGGUUUUUAACUGGUUGUGUAUAUCUGCUUCGUUCUCUCAGAGCUAUACUGGCUUUUGUAAUCCCGAGGAAGGCUGUAUUAUGUGUAUCGUUUGAGCUUGUUCAGUCCAACCUUCCUCCUUGUUUAUCACUGUUAGCGAGUUUCUACAUUCAAAUCAAGGCCGUCUUUGUUAGACUGUUGUUGGUUAUUUACCAAUAGUUUGAAAGGCUGCUGAAUCUAAUGGUGCAGAAUGAUGCUAGGAUAAUGAGUGGCUACAAGCUGAAUCCGAGGAAGAACUGGAUGUUAUGACCAUCAAAAGUUGGCAGCUAUGGUUUUGCUGAAUCACAUGACAGUUCAGAAGUCCGAAUUAUGGUGGUUUUGCGUUCAUCUGAUAUUUGGUGGAAUGAUUGGGGUUGUAUAGAUUCCUAAUGAAGUCCAUCGAAGUCUCAUGCAUGAACAUUGGACAAAAUUCAAAGGAGUUAGGCUUUCAUAUGCUAGAAACAUUUUGAAUGUUAGAAAGAACAUUGAUGAGUGAUAAUUCGUCCAUUAUGAGUCUCGAUAAGUAUAUUUAUGAUUUAAUUAUGGUGAGGAUUAUGAACUCUUGCUGCUGGGUAAAGGCAAAGAGAUUUAUAAUUGUUUUUAUAGUUGUAUUUUUG